AUGUCCCCCUCCCUCCACAUCCCCGUUCAUCUCGAGACCGACCGUCCAACGAAGGACGUCACCUUCAAUGAGCUGGGCAAUCUAGACGAGGCCAUGGCGCCCUUCACCCAAUUGAUCAAGAAGACGGCCCACUCCGUCAGGCUACACUGCACGAUCCCGACUGGCUGCCCCUCCUCCUCCACUUGUGCCGACUUGCACGACCUUCAUGACCUACGCACCCGCUCCCUCCUCUUCGUGCACAAUCUCGUGGAGUCCCUCCGCGCGGCGGGGGUCCAUGCUUCCUACAGGCUCCAACCUGCGAACUGCGCCAUGUGCCUCGUCUGUGCGCUUCCCUCCGGUCUCGACGCGUCCAACGUCAGGGCGGCCGCGUUCGCGGCCGUGCAGAACGCGAAGCUCGACCUAAAAGAGAGGGCCCUCUUGGCUGAUCUCAAGGAUGGCUACGCUCUCAUCAUCACCUGA